UGUUUAUUGAGUCAGGUGGUAACGCUCUAGCGGAAUUGUUUAUAUUGCUUGCGAGCCAAAAAAAAACUUGCUUAAUUUUAUAGAAACUAACAAAUUUGCUAUGCAGAUCACCAUCAAAGUGCUUAAGGGCCAGGACUGCUUGCUUGAAGUCUCGCCGACAUCCACGAUUUUGGAGGUGAAACAACAAAUAGAAGGGGAGCUCCAAAUUUCCGCGGCAAAUCAGAAACUCCUGCUAAUGGGGCGCCCUUUGAACAAUGACCAGACCAUUGCCUCCUAUCCGAGCAUCAAGCAGGGCACCAAACUAAACCUGCUUGUGGUAAAGCCCUGCCUUAAAGAUAGUAUACUCCGAGGAUUCCGUAAGCACUUUCCGGAACAGCAGGCAGUGCGCUUGACCAACGAGUUUAUGGCCGAUUUUGAGAGGAAACUAAAUGAACAGAGCCUGGAUGACCUGGAGAGAUUUGCAGAUAGUAUAGUCAGCAGAGUGCCCACUUAGUUGAUAAGUUUAUAGGCGAUCCAUCUUCCCAAUCCUCACUGACUAUGCAAAUUUAUUGUUUAUACAUAUGUAUUUCCCCCCACGCGGUAGAAAAAUAUAAAACUUGACUGAUAACCACAA